AAAAAACAAUUUACAGCAGUAAUCUGCCCCGGGAUACCGGAUACAAGAUAAAUGGAGUCUGGUCGAAUCAUCUACCAAUAAUAUUAGCUCAGUCAAGCAAGGUCUCCGGUGCGGGCGCGUCACUCAAUCUUCUCAGAAAUCAAAGUAAUUCAUCAGUUAAGGAUGGCAGCUAAUAGGGGAGGUGGAAUUCAGCAAUUGCUGGCGGCAGAACAAGAAGCUCAACACAUUGUCAAUGCCGCUAGAACUGCUAAAAUGGCUCGUCUGAAGCAAGCUAAAGAAGAGGCUGAGAAGGAAAUUGCUGAAUAUCGAGCCCAGGUGGAGCGUGACUUCCAGAGGAAAGUUGCUGAGAGUAGUGGAGAUUCUGGUGCUAAUGUGAAGCGGCUUGAAAGAGAAACUGAAGCAAAGAUUAGUCACCUGAAAGCAGAGACUGAAAAAAUAUCAUAUGAUGUUGUCCAGAUGCUCCUGAAGCAUGUGACAACGGUCAAAAAUUAAGCUCCUUGAUGUUUUAAUCUGUCCUACGAACAUCUAAAGAUGACUGAUUCUCUUUUGAGUUCAUCAUGGAACUUAUAAUUCCUGUGCCAUUCUUAGAAUCCUUGUAUUGUUUGAUCUAUUGUUCAGUAUUUUUCAGAUUGUACUUCAUAAAACUUCUCCAGUGAGUUAAAAAACUAUGUGUUUGUUGGGUA